AUAGUUUUUCUGACGUUGUUCUAGCAACAUUCAGCCAACUUUUCAACUUCUCUCCUAUAAGCAGAUUCGUCACCACCUUAAAUUCGGCCAAGAGAUCCUCGAGCAGAUUGUGUGUCGCUCCAGGAGCUAGUUUGGAGGUGAUGAGCCGAGUAUAAAUUGUGCCGAGCCCAAGGGCCGACUGGUUAGGGCUGGAGCCACCCCCUCUGUUGUUGUAGGCGGGCCUGAGCUCCGUUCUUCAGGAUCAUGGCGAUCGGUUGGGACCGGGUCUGCCUCCGCCGAAUCCUGCCGAGGGUUCCCGGGACGCGGGGCAGCGCCGGAACCGGACUGCGGGCGCAGUAUGACGCCGUGGUCAUCGGGGGAGGACACAAUGGUCUCAUUGCCGCUGCCUACCUCCAAAAGUCUGGAGUGGACACCGCCGUGUUAGAGAGGCGGCACGUCAUUGGUGGGGCGGCUGUCACGGAGGAACUCAUUCCAGGUUUUAAGUUUUCUCGGGCGUCCUACGUGCUGAGUCUACUGCGGCCACAGAUCUACCGAGAACUGGAACUGAAGAGACACGGACUGAGGGUGCACAUCCGCGACCCCUCAUCCUUCACUCCGAUGCUGGAGGACGGCGUGGGAGGAAACCCGCCCCGCUCGCUCCUCCUGGGCAGCGACACGAAGGAGACCCAGAAGCAAAUCGCCCGGUUCUCGCUGAACGACGCUCGGGCUUACGCUGCAUACGAAGCCUUGACGAGUCGCAUAGCCGCAGCUAUCCAGCCUCUCCUGGACUCGGUACCAGUGGACAUCCCAUCGCUGACUGGCAGCUCCCUGAGGCAGAGGCUCCAGUCACUGCACACCGUGAAGCCUCUGGUGCAGGCAGGACUGAAACUGGGGAAAGAUAUUCCACAAUUCUACGAACUUCUGACUGCUCCGAUAUCCCGAGUUCUAAACCAGUGGUUUGAAUCGGAGCCUCUCAAGGCCACCCUGGCCACGGAUGGAGUGAUUGGCGCCAUGGUCAGCCCCGAGGCCCCGGGGAGCGGGUAUGUCCUGCUCCAUCACGUGAUGGGGGAGCUGGAGGGUGUGAAGGGGGCCUGGGGUUACGUGGAAGGUGGGAUGGGUUCCCUCUCCAACUCCAUCGCCCGCGCAGCUGAAGUUCACGGAGCCUCCAUCUUUACGGAAAAGCCGGUGAACUCGAUUCUGGUGGACCAGAGUGGGACUGCCCAGGGUGUGGUACUACAGGACGGGACAGAGAUCAGAAGCAAAGUGGUUUUAUCCAACGCCACUCCCCAUGUGACCUUCCUCAAGCUGACGCCACAGAAGUCGAUGCCCAAAGAGUUUAUUAAGGAAGUUUCAUCCAUUGACUAUACAUCACCGGUGACAAAGAUCAACGGUACACUGGCCCUCCGCGAGGCAGCGAUUGCCGUGGAUCAGUUGCCAGGAUUCCUGGCAGUGCCCAAGGCUGACGGGAUGCCCCCUGCCCGCUGCUUGGCUGGCACCAUCCACCUGAACUGCGAGGACAUGGCCUACAUCACAGAGGCGUAUGACGAGGCUUACCGAGGGCUUCCUUCCACGAGGCCGAUGAUUGAGUUAUGUAUCCCCUCAGUUCUGGAUUCAACCCUUGCCCCACCAGGCUGCCACGUGCUCUCCAUCUUCACCCAGUACACUCCCUACCGUCUCCAAGGGGGAAAGGAGUGGGACGAGGAGCAGAGGAACCUCUACGCUGACCGAGUGUUUGACGGCAUCGAGCAGUACGCUCCAGGGUUUAAGAGUUCAGUGGUUGGACGUGACAUCCUGACGCCUCCAGAUCUGGAGAAGGUGUUUGGUUUGACAGGUGGGAACAUCUUCCACGGGGCGAUGUCGCUCGACCGCCUAUACCUGGCACGGCCCUCGGCCCUGUAUUCGGGAUACAGGUCGCCCGUCAAGGGCCUGUACCUGUGCGGGAGCGGAGCUCACCCAGGUGGUGGUGUCAUGGGAUCGGCUGGUCGUAACGCAGCCCACGUCGUUCUGUCCGACCUGAGGAGAUCACGGUGGUCCCGCUGACUCCCAGGAACGCUGGCUCGCAGCUCCCCUCCCGGACUCACGGGCUCUCACAUGCACAGGAAUCACUGUUGAAUCGGGAAGCACUUUAUGUAAUUUAACAGGCUGCUCACGGAAUAUGAUCGCACCGGGGGGAGUCCAUUCGAGCCAUCGAGUCUGUGCCAGCUCUUUCAAACCAAUCCCACGAGUUUAUUCCUCCCUUGAGGGCUUCUUCCUGUGGCCAAUUUUUAACCCGCCCUCGCCUUCCUGCCAUGGACCGCAUUUCCGCCCGAGACCUGCACAAAGCUCAUGUGUGCCUUUGAACAGGACCGUCGGUGGAUAAACACAUCCUGUUACGCUGCCUUAAUUGAUAAAAGCUCCAAAUUAAAAUUAAACAUUUGGUAGUAUAAUUAGAAUUCCCAAUAAAACUGGGAAAUCCCUGAUUGUGGCGCUUGUGUCUGUUUAUCUUCUUGGAACAUCACCUCCAACGGAGGUAUCGGCCACUCACCAGUUUUCAAAUAGUCCCCAGGCAUAACCCAUCUUCGAAGUGCUUUCCUCUCCCGGGGGUGAGGUCUUUCGGGCUUGUGUUGGGAUUUCUGUAGCUCUGUUAUGUAUGGGACAGGGUUGCUGCCCCCGUGCCCGCCCCUCCUCCUUUCGCAGCCGGGCUUGGGACCGUCCGUGUUGGAGUUGUGUCCGUUUGUAGCUUGGAUACAAGACUGGCUGACUGGCUGGAAGCAGAGUGGCCUAUUCUGUUUGGCUGCCGGUGCCGAGCGGUGUUGGGAUUGCUUCCUUCACAUUACAUGCCAACGAUUUGGAUGACGACUUGGCUUUGCGGGCAAAGAUAGGUGGAGGGGUAGGUAGGGUUGAGGAAUCAGGGAGUCUGCUGAUCGACUGAGAUCUGGGGAAAGUGCAAAAAAAGUGACCUGCGUAAUAUAGUGUAAGGAAGUGUAGGUAUGGUCAUGCACUUCAGUAGAAGGAAUAAAUGUGCAAACGAUUUUCUAAAGGGAGUGAAAAUGCAGAGAGACGUGGGAGUCCUUGUACAGGAUUUCCUCGAGGUUACCUUGCAGACUGAGUUGCUGGGAAGGAAGGUAAAUGCAAUGUUAGCAUUCAUUUCGAGAGGACUAGAAUAUAAGAGCAAGGAUGUGGUGCUGAGGCCCUGAUGAGUCAUUGGCCAGACCAUACUUGGAGCAUUUUGAGUAAUUUGAGCCGCUCAUCUAAGAAAAGAUGUGUUGGUGUUAGAGAGGGUCUAGAAGAGGUUCACGAGAAGGAUUCAUGGAUUAAUGUUUGAAGAGUGUUUGAUUGCUCUGGGCCUGUACCUGCUAGAGUUUAGAAGAAUGAGGAA